CGAAUGUCUGUCAGCUCUAUCUCACACUUCAAUAGUAGAUACUACGGAAGAAUUUUUUGCAAAACGGAAGCUUGGAAUGGUAUAUAUUUUGCAGUAUAGAAAAUAAGGAUGUCUUCUGUUUCCGAUAGCAGUGGGGAUUGGAUUUGUGGUGAUGUAACCUGCCGACAUCUGAAUUUUGCCCGUCGCAGUCGUUGCAAUAAGUGUCGUCGUUCUCGCAGCACUGAGCGUACAGAACGUGGAGGCAGUGCUGGUAGCAAAAAGCUAGGCACGGAAAUUGGAAAAGCUGCAGCCGAAAAGUCUCGUGGUCUUUUCAGUGCAGAUGAUUGGCAGUGUCACAAAUGUGCCAAUGUAAACUGGGCCCGUCGCCAGACAUGUAAUAUGUGUAAUGCUCCAAAGGUUAUUGAUAAUGAGGAAAGAACAGGUCUGGGUGGAGGCUACAAUGAUCGCGGGGUAGUUGAAUAUAAGGAGCAUGUUGAGUCUGACAGUGAAUAUGACGAAUUUGGCCGUCUAAAAAAACGCAAAAAGAAUUUCAAUAGCAAAGAGGCAUACGAAGAAAAAGACACGAAGCGUGAACCAGAUGAAGAAGAUGACGAUGACGAAGAAGAGGGAGAUGAAGAUGAUCUAGCCAAAUAUGAUUUGUUUGGUGAUGAAGAUGAUGACGAUGGCAAUGCAAAUAAUACCAAUAACAAGUCGAGUAAUGCUUCUGGUUCAAAGAGUGACAACAAAAGAAAAUCACGAUCGCGAAGCAGAUCCCAACACAGAAGACGUCCAAAUUCACGGUCUUCCUCAAGCAGGUCGUCAUCAUCGUCCUCCUCAUCGUCUUCUUCAUCAUCCACUUCGUCAUCCUCGAGAUCAUCGACUCACUCGAAAUCUCGAUCGAGAAGUAGUCUUAAAAAGAAACGGUCGUAUUCGCGCUCCCUUAGCCGUAGCCCCAACAGAAAAGUAGUACAAAAUCGACAUCGUUCACCUCCGAGUGAUAAACAUAAAACAUCAUCAAGUCACAGCCAUCACAGUGAUGAUUCAAAUUCACGCUCGAAAUCCCACAGUUCAACACGUUCAUUGUCAUCCAAACGUAAUCACAGUCGGAAUUCAAGCUCAUCCCGCAAGCACUCCAGGUCACCACGUUCCCGUAGAAGAACCCGAUCGCGUUCAAGAUCGAUUUCACCAAAACGUAAACGUUAAUGGCCAAGCAUCCUUAAUAAUAACAUUAGCGCAUCCACGUUCUACUAAACCUUAAAUCCUUCAAUCAUAAAAAGAAAAUUCCUAAUGUUAAUGAAUUUCUAAACAUGAAUUAAGUAUUCUAUGUAAACAAAUAUAGGAAAGAACCCUAAAGAGUUUUUGUCCAUUGAAUUUUGUUUUCAAUAUUAAAUAUCACUUUAGAAUUUCUCAGGCAACAAGAAAAACUUUCCCACAACUUUGAAUAAUAAAUUGCUCGUUGCUAAAUUCUUUGACAUUUUGUUAAAAAGUCAUCAAUAAUAAAGAUAUCAUGCCCAUAAUAA